AGCAUCUUCGAACAAACACCCACCCCAUUUCACCAUAUGGUCUCUUCUGCCAAGGUCGGCCAACUAGCUCUGCCCUGUCGCCGAAUUCCUCUAGCUCUGGUCGACCGAGAGCUCUACGAGGUACAUGGCCCAUGGCCAUUCAGUCUCAAGGACAAGCAUCUACCAUGCAUGCGAAGUGGGUCUAGUCAUGUAUUUCACACGCACUCAGUUCUGUUAGGGCCACACCCUCCUGGUCGAUCAGCAUGGCGCUAGCGGUGCAGGUCACAUUCGUCACGUGUUGUUGCGUCCUCGCGUGCUGCGAAGCCGUCGGGGUGGCAACGUCGGUGCAGCUGCACAAAAAGACUAUCAAAGAUACCUUCGUGGAGACGGAGAAUGUCCGCGGUUAUGGCCACGACCGCGACCAUAACGAGGCUGACACUGGCCUUCAGUUUGAUCUUCGAGGGUUUCGCCGCAAGAGGAGGGGCAGCGCCAAGAUCAAGCACAAGACGGCUUACUUUGGCACCGUCCAGGUCGGCAUCCCGAACCAGUCGUUCCAGGUCGUGUUCGAUUCUGGCAGUGGGAACUUGAUAGUGCCGGCGAGCGACUGCACAAGCGAGGCAUGCCGCGCUCACAGCCGCUACAGCAUGGCAGAAUCCCCAAGUGGACGCUUUGUUUCGUGCAAUCCCCGGGGCUCCGAGGAGUCGGAGGAUGUACCGCUUGAGAGCACAGUUUCCAUUUCAUUCGGCACUGGGCAAAUUUUUGGUAGGUGCGUCAGGGAUCAGAUUUGCAUUGGCACUGCCUGCUACCCAGGUUCCUUCAUUGCCACCGUCGAAGAGAGCCCUAUCCCGUUUGGCUCCUACAAUUUUGACGGGGUUUUGGGGCUUGGCCUGCCUACAAUGUCGCGAAACCUCCAGUUCAAUGCGAUGGAAAGGCUCAAGGCGACCGAAAGGCUCCACCAGAGUAUAUUCUCUGUCUUCCUGUCAAGCUCUGAUUCACAAGGAGAGGUCUCCGAGGUUACCUUCGGCAGCAUCAAGACGAGCCACAUGGCGUCGGACCUGCAUUGGGCGCCUGUCACCCGCGACACGGGCUUCUGGGAAGUUCAAAUUUCGGACAUCACCAUUGACAACCGUCCGCAGAAUCUUUGCACCAACUGCUAUGUUGCAGUGGACACAGGAACAUCAGCGCUGGCUGGGCCUUCCCGCAUCAUCCAGGAGUUGAGCCUCAGGCUGAACGUAGAUCCUGAAUGUAAGAACUACCACGAGCUGCCGAACCUUGGUUUUGUCAUUGGCGGCCAGAUCCUGAACCUCCAGCCUGACGACUACGUCGACAGCACCCCGGAAUCGUGUGAUGUCUCCUUGAUGGACCUCAACGUGCCCCCGCCCAAGGGUCCGCUCUUCAUCUUCGGAAUCCCGUUCCUGGAGAAGUUCUACACCGUCUACGAUAACGUCAACAAGCAGGUCGGCUUCGCGGUGGCCAAGCACGUAGGCAGCAGCCACCCCGCCGAAGACCCUGCGAUCAUCAUGUCGCAGCUGGGCGCCUCGGUGAGGAACACGAGCUCGAGCGGGGAGGGCAGCCGGCAGCGGGAGAGCCACACAGCCAGGAGCUACCUGCGCAAGUGAGGAGCCGCGCCCUCCCGAACGGCAAGCAAGCCCCCGCCGGCCACGGCCGAGGGCUCGCCUCAUCGCCGAGGCAUGUCGAGGCGGCGCGUAUGUCUGAGGGGGCCCUCCUCGCCAGACCCCUUUUGCGGUUUAUCUUAAUUCUGCGGGCCCUCACCAGGCCUCGAGGCCGUCCAUGAACGACUCAGGACGAGAGGUCCGGGUCCGGGGGAGGGGUCCAGGCCCCUAGGGGUGAACGUUGUGAAGGCAUCACGACGUUGGGGAUCUCGGUGAGGCGCCUGACAUUUCCGAGCCAGGGUAGCCAUGUGUUCCUGUUACCACCUCACCAUCCUGUUUGCGAGA